AUGAACGAUGAACAAAUUCAGCGAAUCAGACAACGAAACAAGUUGGUGGCCUAUCAAAAGGCAGUGCAGGAAGAGAGAAUGAAAGAGAUGGAAGAGAAGGAGCGAAUGUUGAAGGAGAAGCUAAGAAGGCAAGACGAAAUGAUCAACCAAGCCAUUGAAAAGCGAAAGCGAGAAACGAUGAAGGCCGAAAAAACCAUACAACAAAUCCGAGCUGAGAGCGAUGAGAUUCGAGAAUUGGAAUUAAAAUUGCGAACUGCAUACGUAAAUGUCGAGAGAGAUCGUCAACUCAGAGCUAAGGAACAAGUACAACAACAAGAACGAGAAUACGAGAAGAAAUUGGAGGAAGAAAUGGAGAAGGAGAGACUCAAGAUUGUGCAACAAAUUAACGAGAUUGAAGAGCAAAAGAAAGCACAAAACAUUUUGGCUAAACAAAAGCUUCAACAACAAAUGGAAGAAAAAGAAAGAGAAAAAGAAAUGGCAUACCUAGAAUAUCUCAGAGACAAGGAAAUGGUCGAUGCCAUCACGAAAAGAGUUAUGGAAGAGGAAGAACGUGAGAUGCAAGAGAGACAAGAAAAGAAAAAGCAAGUGCAAUCAUUUAUCGAAGAAUUCAAAAAAGCAAGAGAAGCAUCCAAAGAAAGAGAAAAAAGACAAAAGGAAUUGGAAGAACAAAGUAUUAUUCAAUACCAAAAAUAUUUACAAAUGCGAGAAGAAGAAGAAAGACUCAAGAAGGCUACUGUACAAGAAAGAAGAGACAAACUUCUUGAAAUGCAAUCCAAAGAGCUUGAAAAGCAAAGAAGACUUAUGGAAGAAACAGAAGAGCUUCUCAAUGAAUUGUAUGAAGAAGAGAAGAGAGAGAAGGAAAGACUUAAGGAAAUUGAAGACCGAGAACGAAAGCAACAACAAAAGAUGGAAAUGUUACGAGUGAACCAUGAGCAAUUGAUGAUGAAACAAAACAGACAGCAAGAAGAAAAAUUACAAGAAGAAGCAUUCCGACAAAUGCUUAUACAAAAAUUCGAAGACGACGAAAGAAUUGCCCAAUUAAGUGCUCAAAAGAAGAGAUUGAAGAUGGCAGAAUUCAGAAGAGAUGUGGAAGACUAUUUAUCUCAGAGAAGAGAAAUGAAGGAACUGGAACGACAACAAAUUAUUUUGGAACAAAACAAGGAAAUGCAGCGAGCUGCAGAAAAGCAAAAGAUUAUCGAACAAGAAAAAGCAAGACUUAUCAAGGAGCAUGCAGCCAAAAUACUUAAAUAUUUACCCAAAGGUGUCUUAUCGAAAAAAGAUCUUGCAUUAUUACCAGAAGAGCUUCGUCAAGAGAUUGAAAUGUCCUCAAAGAAUGCAUUUCCUCAUUACAUGUAG